AUGCUAGAGGUAAAAGAACUUGUCCUGGACAACUGUAGGACAGAUGAUGGGAAAAUUGAAGGGUUUAACUGCUGAAUUUGUGAAUUAGAGUUCCUCAGCUUAAAUAAAUGUAGGGUGUCUACAGUUUCCAAUCUCCCUGAACUACCUAAGCUGAAAAAGCUUGAACUCAGUGACAAUAGAAUUUUUGGAGGUCUGGAUGUAUUAGCAGAAAAACUUCCAAAUCUCACACAUCUAAACCUAAGUGGAAACAAGCUGAAAGAUAUCAGCACCUUGGAACCUUUGAAAAAGCUGGAAUACCUAAAAAGCCUGGACCUGUUCAACUGUGAGGUGACAAACCUGAAUGAUUACCGAGAAAGUGUCUUCACACUCCUUCCACAAUUAACAUAUCUUGAUGGGUAUGACCAAGAAGACAAAGAAGCCCCGGACUCUGAUGCUGAAGUAGACGGGGUAGAUGAUGAAGAGGGAGAAGAUGAAGAAGAUGAGGAAGAUGAAGAUGAAGAAGAUGAAUUUGAUGAAGAAGAUGAUGAUGAAGAGGAUGAUGUAGAAGGAGAUGAUUAUGAAUAUGAUGUCAGUGGAGAGGAAGAAGAAUUUGGACAUGAUGGAGAAGUUGAUGAUGAUGAGGAAGAUGAGGAUGAAGAUGAUGAAGACGAAGAGGAUGAAGAGACUGGAAAAGGUGAAAAAAGGAAGAGAGAAACAGAUGACGAAGGAGAAGGAGAAGAUGAUUAAGACCCCAAAUGAUCUGAAAAAAGAACUGUUCAGUAUUGUGUGGACUGCUCCUCUUGAUUUGGUAGCUGUAAAAAGAAGUGGUAGCUAUAAUCCAAGCCCCCAGGACACCUAAAGAGCCAAAGAGUAGUUCCUGUGACAUUCUACAUUCCUCCGAUCAAUCCCCAUUGGAUAUCCAAGUUACCAACAAAUUUGGGGAAUUAACCCCAACAAAAUAGUCAGAGUUGUUAGGUUUUCUUAUAAGACUAUUGCUAUAGCAGGAAGAGCAGCUGUGAUCGGUGAGUCAUGAUUGUUGAUGGCUACCAGUUACACCAAGGUUGUAAUACCAUUUUUACUUUCUGUACAACAAAAGAAGCUUUGUAAAUAAAAUCUUAACAUUUUG